GUUUCGCUGCUUCUUUACGCCGUCGCCGCUCUGAUUCUUCUGAACUGGAAGACAGCUUGGGACCAGCAGCUCCUUCACCCUUACGUGCUCUACGGGAUCAUGUUCAUCACCAUGAUUGGCAUCAUGUUCGGAGGAUUGGCCUUCAAUUUCAGAGUGUGGAGCUUCAUACUCGGGCGGAACUGCUGCCUGGGCCUUUGCGCAACUGCUGGCUGCUUCCUUCCGGGCGCCUUCAUCUUGUUCUAUGCCACUGGCAAGGCCUCUCCAGUUCUGUUCGAGCAAGAGUUUAUGGAGAUUGAGCCGCUCCAUGAUGUCGACCUUUGUAGCACAGCGGGGUGGAAAGAUUUCAAGGGGGGCAUCUACUUCGAAGACGGCGCCCUCACCCAAGAUGAGCGCAUGCCUCCGGUGAUUAAGCUCGACAUCCAGCAGUGCGUCUGGGUCCAGUCUUUGAACGCGGGAAGAGAUAGCUACUGGGCGCCUUGCUUUGCUCGACUUCGGCCAGUUUUCAACUGCGACCCCCGACUGUCGAAAACGUGCACCACUCCUCGCGCAUGCGCCUGGGCGAUCACGGCAUCUGAAGACUCGGAAGUCGUCAGGAGACCCGACCCACCGAAAGCCGCAGACUGCGGCACGCCCGGUGUAUGUGGGCUGGUGUUUGGCAUGAACUUCUUCAUGCCCGCCAUGGCGGCCAACAGCACGAACAUGAAGACCUUUCAUCAGCUACUGCAGACUGCAGGGAGGCAGUUCCCCGGGAACCUGACGGCCGAUAGCCCUUUGCUUGCCUUAGCUAACCCUGCCGAGCUCAGGAGAGCGAGUGAAGAGGCCGUAGAGAGGUUCUACAAGUUGCUCAUCGUGUACGUGCCACUUGGUGCAUUUUUGGGACUUCUGGUGGCUGCAGUCCGGGCAAGCUGGCAGACAGGCGAAUCCACGCAGACGGACACCGAGGACGACUCAACGGCUUUCGGCAGUCCCUUCCUCAAAUACCACCACGACUCAGGAUCCAACUCCGGUUGA